GGAAGAAACGGAAGCGGCGAUCGUGGCAUAAUAAAAGUUCUGCCGCUCGCGAGGUGUGUGUUGCGCUUGUCUCUCAUUAGCAAUCGCUCCAGUGGCUUCAUUCAGCUCCCAUAGCACUCGUCCUUCUCUGCUUCAUACUACAUUUGCUGAUGGAAUGAUUGACUUAAGGGCAUCUCUCAUGUGACAGUGAAGGAGCUCCACUGUGUGCCAACCCACCAUCUGCGUGGCUGACCAGUUACCUUGCAAUGCAACGGCCAUCCAGUGCCUUUAACAGCUUACUUCCAGGGUUGGCCACCAGAGGACUCCAGACCCCUGACCAAAGCACCCAUUUCUCUAAUGGUCAUAAACAUACCUAUUUAUGUUUCUGGCUACUGUGGUUCACUGUUAGCCUUCUGUGCCUCUUCCCUGCCACCACUGCUGCCACUGUUAGGGUUGGGGUGGUGGGGCCUUGGUCAUGUGACCCCCUCUUCACUAAAGCCCAGCCCGGCGUGGCUGCGCAGUUAGCUGUGGAGCACAUCAACAAGGACCCUUUCCUCUCACAGGGCAUCACGUUCGAUUAUGUCAUCUUGGAGGAGGACUGUGAGACAUCUCAGUCUUUUGCCCGUUUUCUUGGUUACUAUAAACGGGCAUCUGGGUUUAUUGGUCCAGUUAACCCAGGCUACUGUGAAGCUGCCUCUCUUUUAGGAAAGAGUUGGAAUAAGGCAGUGUUUUCCUGGUCUUGUAUUGGAAAUGAGCUGGAUGAUGCCCGCAGUCACCCUACAUUCGCCCGAACCAUGCCCCUCCCCUCCCUUGUGCUGCUGAGCUUCAUGCGUCACUUUAGUUGGGCACAUGUUGGCAUCAUUUCAUCAGCUGAGGAUGUGUGGGUGGAGGCAGGUAUAAGGCUGGCCAAUGCCCUGCGGGGUCAUGGAAUGCCUGUUGGCAUUGUGGCAUCCGUUCGUAAUGACCACACCAGCGUGCGCAAUACCCUGGCCAAGGUCAAGAAAGUGGCGGAUCUUCGUUUGGUCAUCCUCGUUAUGCACUCGGUGUUGAUUGGUGGAGGAGCCCAGAAGACGCUAUUGGAGACAGCACAUGACAUGCGGAUGACAGACGGCUCGUUGGUGUUUAUUUCUUAUGAUACUCUCUUUUACAGUCUGCCCUACCAUCACAUUACCCAGCCAGCCCUGCGCUACAACAGCAAGCUGCUACGAGCCUAUGAUGCCGUGCUCACCAUCACUAUUGAGUCUCCACAGGAACAGUCUUUCUACCAAGCUUUUGAAAAGGCCCAGGAGCAAGGAGAGCUGCCCAGGCACCUUAAACCACAGCAGGUGUCCCCAUUGUUUGGCACCAUCUACUCCUCCAUCGUGUUCAUGGCUCAUGCUGUGCAAAGUGUCAGGGCUUCAGGUCAAUGGAUGUCUGGGGGGAACAUUGCCCAAAAUGCCCGAAAUCUGCUAUUCAAAGGUGUUAGCCUACAAGCAAACUCUUCUGACUUUGGCGUGCUGUACUAUGUGGUGCUGGACACAGAUGGCUUUUCUUGGGAGUUGCAACCUACACAUCGUAUAGAGAUGCAGACAGAUAUGGUGCACUUUCUGGGUCGGUCGAUUCAUUUUCCCCAUGCAGGGCCACCGAAAACUGAUUCCAGCUGCUGGUUUACACGUGGGAUCAUCUGCAGUGGAGGUGUAAACAUUUUCAGUAUAGCUUUAAUCUUCCUGUCUGGUUUUCUGUUCGUCUUCUUCGUGAUUGGCUGUUCUUACUGCAUCAGGCGUAAAAUUAAUAAAAUCCGACUGGUGCGGGGAGCCAACAAGAUUUUACUGACUUUAAAUGACGUCACUUUCAUCAACCCCUCCCUGAGCAAUAAGAAGCUCAGUUUGGAUGACAGCAAGGCCAGCGACACGAGAAUGAGCAUUUCAGAGCGAAGCCUCAAGUCUCCGUUCUCUAGCCAAUCGCCAGCCACCUACGAAAAUUCAAAUGUUGUCAUUUUUGAGGGUGAUUGGGCAUGGCUGAAACGACUUCCGUACGGAAACUUCCGGAGCAUCACUCCUAAUACCAGCGAUGUUUUUGAACUGAUGAAAGAUAUGAGGCACGAGAACGUUAACCCCUUUCUAGGCUUCUUCCACGACUGCGGAGUCUUCGCCAUAGUAACAGAGUACUGUUCGCGUGGCAGCUUGGAAGAUCUGUUGUUCAAUGACGACGUCAAACUGGACUGGAUGUUCAAGUCCUCUCUCAUUCUGGACCUCAUCAAGGGUAUGAAAUACCUUCACCAUAGGAACAUUUGUCAUGGAAGGCUUAAAUCCAGGAACUGUGUGGUUGAUGGGCGUUUUGUGCUCAAAAUCACAGACUAUGGCUACAAUGAGGUGUUGGAAUCUCAAAGGUUUCCUUAUGUUGAACCGCCAGCUGAAGACCUGCUGUGGACCGCCCCUGAGAUACUGAGAGGGUCCUACCCUGGUUUGCAUGGCACUCACCCUGGUGAUGUGUACAGUUUCUCAAUCAUCAUGCAAGAGGUGGUUAUGAGAGGGCCUCCGUUCUGUAUGAUGGAGCAGUCUUUUGAUGAAAUUGUCAAGAAGGUCCGGAAGCCUCCUCCAAUGUGCCGGCCCAUUGUGUCUCCGGACCACGCACCAAUGGAGUGUAUCCAGCUUAUGAAGCAUUGCUGGAAUGAACAGCCAGAGAAAAGACCCACAUUUGAAGAAAUCUUUGACCAGUUCAAGAAUGUUAAUAAAGGGAAAAAGACCAACAUCAUAGACUCAAUGUUGCGAAUGUUGGAGCAAUAUUCCUCCAACCUGGAGGAGUUGAUCAGGGAAAGGACAGAGGAGCUGGAAAUAGAGAAACAAAAGACUGAGAAACUCCUCACACAAAUGUUGCCCCCGUCAGUGGCAGAGGCUCUGAAGCUGGGCACUACAGUUGAACCAGAGUAUUUUGACAGUGUCAGUCUCUAUUUCAGUGAUAUCGUUGGCUUCACGACAAUCUCAGCCAACAGUGAACCCAUUGAGGUGGUUGACCUCCUCAAUGACCUUUACACAACAUUUGAUGCCGUAAUCGGCAAUCACGACGUCUAUAAGGUGGAGACCAUCGGUGAUGCUUACAUGGUGGCAUCAGGUGUGCCCAUGCCCAAUGGAAACCGACAUGCAGCCGAGAUUGCAAACAUGGCCCUGGACAUCCUGAGUGCUGUUGGUAGUUUCAAAAUGAGGCAUAUGCCUGAUGUUCCGGUCCGCAUCCGAAUAGGACUUCACUCAGGUCCCUGUGUGGCCGGCGUAGUGGGUUUGACCAUGCCGCGGUACUGUCUGUUCGGGGACACGGUUACCACUGCUUCUAGAAUGGAGUCUACAGGAUUGCCGUACAGAAUCCAUGUCCAUUCCAGUACAGUGAAUAUCCUGAUGGAGCUGAAAUUAGGGUACAAAGUAGAGCUGAGAGCCAGAACAGAACUGAAGGGCAAGGGUAUAGAAGAAACCUACUGGCUCACCGGGAGGGACGGCUUCACCAAACCGCUCCCCGUGCCGCCCAUACUAAAGUCAGGAGGUGAAUCCAAAGAUUUUAAGGUAAUGCUUAAGAAGGCGGUGAGGAAGAUCUCCACUGUGCGUCAGGUGGCUCAGCUCACCCUAUCGGAUGAGGGCAAUGUCUUGAUCCACCAUCACUGAUGACCUUUAACCUUUGCCUUUUGAACCCACACCUGUACGCAGAAAGAAAUGGAAGGUGGAGAAAUGGAUAACAAGCUAAAAGAGCACCAAAACUUUGUUCUUGCUAGUUUUCAAUCUGUUUUUCAUUUAAAAGCAUCUGAUGAAGCAAGCUUGUGUGUACAGUUUACUGAACAGGGACUUCUUUUUGUAAUGGUAGAAAGUCAGACUCAAAUGGUAGAACAUUUGCUUUGAAGAAGCUUUCAAUGUAUCAAAGCAUAUUGAACCUACAUGGCUGUUCAGCAUCUCAUAAGAUAAACCUUUCCUUUGGAGUCUUGGUGGUUCACCUCACUCAUCUUAAACAUGUACAGCUGUAGGAAACACAAGACUCAUUUCUGUCUGAGGGGCCACAUAUCUCUAUUCUCUACAUGAAGAACCUUUAUGAAAUGAACCAAAGUCUCACAAGGAACUAAAUUUACCCUGUGGGAAUCCAUUACUCAGUGAGAGGGGCGUCAGGUCCGGCUCAAAGACUUAACACAUAACAAGUCAAUUCACACCAUUCACUUGCGGAUUAUCCCUUUUAGAAAACAUGUCUGUGACUGAAGAAAAUAGUAAAUACAGUAUUGAGAUAAACUAGAAAAGCCCACAUAAUUGUGCUACCAGUAUUAAUAUGGUGCAUAUGGCCCUGUGAUGAUUUGAUUCUAAUUUUAGAUAGUACAAAUGUUCAGUUUUACCAGGGGAUAACUACAGUCUUGAUUUAAAUUAUAUGAUUUUUAUGAGGUUUUUUUUUGGAAGAAGUGUUUUCUACAUAGAUGAUCAAUUAGCAUAAUCCAUAAUAAUAGGAUAACCAUGAAAACCAGGUGACACAGAAUAUCAAAAUAUGUAUUACAAUGCAUGAAUCCAUAUUAUAUUGUGGUGGUUUUAGAAGCAGGAUUAGCUUUAUACGCUACCGUUAAAAAGUUUCUUGUUGGUGAGAUUUUUUUAAUGUUUUUGAAAUAUUAUUACAAUUUAAAAUAUCUGAUUUCUAUUUGAACAUAUUUUAAAAUGUAAUUUAUUCCUGUGAUUGCAACCCUGAAUUUUCAAGAUCAUUACUUCAGUAUUCAGUGUCACAUGAUUUUUCAGAAAUCAUUCUAAUAUGCUGAUUU